AUGGUCAGAUCCCUAAUUUCGCAAGAAGAGAAAAGUCAAAUGGAUGAUCAAAUUAUCUCCCCGCCCCCUCACAUCAUCGUCUUCCCUUUGCCACUUCAACGGCUAAUUAUAAACCCCAUUUUUGAUCUAGCAGAACUCCUCUGUCUCCCCGGUCUUGAUGUCACAUUUCUCCUAAUCCCCUACACCCACAGCCUCCUCCUCCGCCACAUCAACAUCAAGUCCCGGUUAAAUCCAUAUCCAAAUUUCCGCCUACACACCAUCUCUGACGGACUACCACCAGAUCACUCGGAAUCUAAUCCGACGCAUCUGUUGCUCUCUCUUGAAACCCUAACGAAGCCGCUUUUCAGAGAUCUUUUGAUGUCUGGAAAGUUGAUUUGCGAUGAGCGUGGGCCGGUGAGCUGUAUUAUUUCAGAUGGAAUCAUGAGUUUUGUGUAUGACGGUGCUAAUGAGAUUCGAGUUCCUGUUAUUUAUGCGUUGACCUUAAGCCCUAGUUGUUUAUUGCAUCUUUCCAAUCUAACCAAACUCACCGGAGCAGCUGAAGUUUCUGAUCCUACAAUCGGAGGUAUGUUUUUUUGA